AGAGACCAUUUUGGAUCAUUAUACGCAUCAUUGGAACCACUGACGUCUCCUGCACCUCACUGUGUCCUGUUUACCAGCGUGUGAUGGGUUCCUAACUGUCUCACAUACCAAGAACCAUUAUCAUAAGUAUAACAACAAAUCCUACUCCAUUAAAAUGUAAAUAAAACACAUUACACUGCUGGUAUACAUGUUUCUACAUCGCCAUUAAUCACAAACUUUGCGUGUAUGUGUUUAGUGUUUGCACGAAAACAGCGAAAGGAUCUUUUCUCUGAAGUGAUCGACUUUUCUGUGUGUGGACCCCAGUGGGGGUGUCGAAGGUUCCUCGACACACCCAUGUCUCACACGGUAUUGUUUAUAGUCGAACAGUAAGUUUACAACUUGAAAAUGAAUUAGUGAUGUGUUGGUAAAACCCCCAGGGAAUGUGAGCUUGGUGCAAUGACGGUGUUGAACCUCACUGAAAAGUUCUUAAGAAGUGCGUCAUGAUGGCGAGACAUCUGGAGAACAAGCUCUUUGUUUAUGGUGAUAAUAAUUCUCAUUUAUAAAUAGAACACAAGAAAAUAACGACGAACUCAAGACGGAGAUUCUAAAAGGAGAUAUCUUGGCCGGAUAUCUCCAGAGCCUUGUUUGUUUACUUUCCAUCCGGCUGGUCAACUAUUAGCCUCUUCACCCAGCUGGCCUGGUCGCCCACCAGCUGGCCUCAUCACCCAGCUGGCCUCGUCACCCCAGCUGACCUGGUCGCCCAGCUGGUCAACUACUGGCCUCUUUACCCACCUGUUACUUCUCCAGACAGUCAUACCUGAUGACGAGAACACUUGUUCACCUGGUGACCUUCCACACCUGGUGACCUUCCACGCCAGGUGACCUUCCAAGCCUGGUGACCUUCCACGCCAGGUGACCUUCCACGCCUGGUGACCUUCCACGCCUGGUGACCUUCCACGCCUGGUGACCUUCCAAGCCUGGUGACCUUCCAAGCCUGGUGACCUUCCACGCCAGGUGACCUUCCAAGCCUGGUGACCUUCCAAGCCUGGUGACCUUCCACGCCUGGUGACCUUCCACGCCUGGUGACCUUCCACGCCAGGUGACCUUCCACACCUGGUGACCUUCCACGCCUGGUGACCUUCCACGCCAGGUGACGUUCCACACCUGGUGACCUUCCAAACCCGGUGACCUUCCACGCCUGGUGACCUUCCAAGCCUGGUGACCGUGACCUUCCACACCUGGUGACCUUCCACACCUGGUGACCUUCCACGCCAGGUGACGUUCCACACCUGGUGACCUUCUCCGCCAGGUCCAGGACUCACCAGUUACCUCCUACCUGGUGACGUGGCCUCGACGUGACCCUCAAGGAUGGCCAAAGUGGUGCUCCUACAGUGCCUUCUGCUGCUGAUCCAGUUAUAUGGUUGCUGCUGGUGUUCGGUGCAAGUGUUCGAGUUCCAAGCUAGCGGGGAGCAGUCAGACAGCCACCUGCGGUACAGGGACAAGUUAUCCUUCGCGCCCCUCGACUCUCUCUCCUUCUGCGUGAGGCUCAGAUUCUACUUCCUGUGGGAAGUGUCCGGAUUCCUCCAGGUCUCCGACAACUCCACUGGUCAGCUGAUACACACCAUACAGGCAGAGGUCAACUUAAACUACAUACGGGUUACAUUGUCUAAGUUUCGUCGCUAUUACUUCCUGAAGCAUCGUCUACGGGCACUCACGUGGCACCACCUGUGUGUCACUCACGGCAACGGGGUCACCGUGACGUAUCUGGAUGGCACUGUGCAAGACUCUCACAAUUACCAGCUCGGAGAACCAAUUACUGGAACACAAAUUAAGAUUGGCGCCUGGAAUGCAGAUCACAGUUUCAGCGGCCAACUCUCACAGGUCAACAUAUGGAGCCGCACACUGACGGCUGACGAAGUGGCCGCUCUGUCAGAGUGUUUCAUGCAAGAGGAGGGAGACGUCGUUCCUUGGAGAGGCCCCUGGACGUCUGUUGGGGAUGUGACGGAGACUGAAGAGUCUUUUGAUGACCUUUGCCAGGAAGCUUCGGGCACAGACUACUUUGUCUUCACCGACUUCACUGCCACUUCUGCCUUCCAAGUAUGUGAAGGUCUCGGUGGGUCUCUUCCGACGCCUCACUCUAGAGAGGAGUACAAUACAUUGUUAAAGGCUGUAGAGAAGCACCACGCUGAGGGAGGCAAGGUGUGCAAGCCCUUCUGGGUGGGGAUCACAGAUGCCAAGGAAGAGGGAGUGUGGACUCACAUGAAGUACAUGACACAGGUGCGUCCCUCUUGGGCACUGGACGAACCGGACGGGAGCAAGCUGGAGAACUGUGCCGUAGCGGAGGGUCCCCUCAAGCUGGCCGACACCCGCUGUGACGACUUACAGUGUGCGGUGUGCGCAGUCCCGCGGCGCCCCGUCUGGGUGCUCUUGGGAGCCUGCGAGAGGUAUCGACGAAACACACACCUUGUAGCCCUUCAGGAUAAAACUGGGAAAUUUUUGUUCAGAGGCUACUCGGACUACCAAAUAAUCCGGAGUGAGGAUAAGAGUGAGUGGCUGUGGUGGGACUGGCGCAAUAACCAGACUGUCGCUAGUUUGGUUGACGCAGUAAGUGGCUUUCCUAUUGGCCGUCAGAAAUGGACCCUGAAGAAGGCCAUGUGUGGUCAGGCUGUAGGUCAGACUCGCCCCCUCCUGUUGACUCCCUGUGGUGCAGGUCAGUUCUCCUGUGACGACGCCUCCUGCAUCCCUCUCUUCCAGCGCUGCGACCUCAAGUUCGACUGUCGGGACAAGAGUGACGAGAGUGGCUGUCAGCUGGUGUUCUUCCCUUCCGUCUACCGCCCCGAUUUGCCUCCGGUCAUCAACAGCGACAGCAACUCGUCCGAGCCCUUGCCCGUCACUCUGCACGUCAUCAUCGAGAGUGCCGACGUGGACACGCCGUCAAUGCACAUGCACGUCAAUCUCAACGUCAGCAUGACAUGGCAAGAGGCAAGACUCAAAUUCCUUAACCUCAAUGAAGACUAUACCCUCAACAGGUUGCCGUACGAGACGAUGAAGCAGGUGUGGGUGCCCGUGGUGGACUUCACCAACACCAAGGGCAUCCACAUCACGCAGACGGACCACCAGGCCACCAUGGUGGUCAACAUGCAGGGCAAACCCAGCCUAGGCGAUGACACGCGCCCCGAGGAGUUGGAGGUGUACGCGGGCCUGGAGAACCCCAUAAGUGUAAGGAGGAAGUACAGCAUAACCUUCCAGUGCGAGUUUGACCUCAAGAUGUACCCGUUCGACGAGCAGGUGAGAGAAUUCUGUCACAUGGAGCUGACCAUGCUAUCUGCCUCCUCCCGUCUCCUGAUCUUCGACAAGGCCACCACCAAAGCUAUUUACCAAGGUAACCCUCAGCUGGUCGAGUACUUCGUGGGGGACGUCGACAUCGACUUCCACAACGACAGAGACUUCGCCGUCAUGAUUAUCAAAUUGCAGCUGCUGCGACGGUCGGGGUUCAUCAUCAUGAACGUGUACAUCCCGUCACUGCUCCUGCUGGUCAUCAGUUACCUCACUCUCUACUUCACGCCCACCAACUUCCAGGUGCGGGUGCUCGCUUCCCUCACCUCCCUCCUCGUCAUGGCCACCCUCUACACACAGGCCUCCGCUUCUCUGCCUAAGACCUCUUACUUCAAGAUGGUGGACGUAUGGCUUUUGUCAAGUAUAUUUUUCAUCUUCAUCAUCAUCGUCCUCCACACCGUGAUCGACCGAGUGAGGGAGUGGGAGCCCACCAGCGCCAACCCUCCGGCAGGUACCAAGAAGAUCACUCUCUCGCGGGCACCUUCCGAGAAGUCCACGGCCUCCAACACCGUCCACCCGUCGGAGGAAGAGAAAGUGACUGUGGGCGAGCCUGGUGGACCCCCAGAUGUAGAGGAGACUAGCAACAGGUUAUUGAGGCUUGUGGAUAUGUGCCUGAAACACGUGACUGGCACCUCUCCUGAAACGGAGCAGAGGCCGUUAUUUGAGAAGAUCAUCCUGGGAGCCCGGGUCCUCGUCUUGGGGCUCCUUGUCGUCUUCAACCUCGUUUACUGGACCGUUGUUUUGGUGUAAUCGUGUGUUAAACACUGCUGGAUAGUUAGUAUUCUUACAAGCGGGGUCUCUCAACCCUUGCUCAUUGUGAAACUGAGAACUUGCCAUUCGGCGCAUGAACAACUGGCCCAGUUUAUGACUGGGAGAAUAUUCUAGGUUGUGGCGCCGUGAGGCUGUUAAGGCUUGAGCUGUAAGAUACACAGCCUGAUCCAUGUUCUUAAGAACAAGUGUUACAAAUCUGACAUUGUAUUACUCCAGCUUUAGCAGUAUACAGCUCAAACUGGAAGCGUUGCCAACAACGCAUAUUUAUGCCUUUGUAAAUAUGUUAUAUGAGUGGCAGAUAACCAACUGAUGACACGUCGAGUCUUGGUAGUGUUCGAGUCUAAGUGUUACCAUUACUGUUCUUGUAAUAUGUGAAGAGCGGAGCAGGCCGGAGGAACACCGCCAGCUGCCUGCCUCCCCCGACCAAAUAACCGGACCUUCCCACACACCGCGCUAUAUUGACCACCUCUACCAUCUGUAGCUUCAUAUAUUAAUUUGUGAUAUAAUAUCCAAUUGUAGAGUUUAGCAAGUAGUAUUACUAAGAUUAUCACACUAUAUCUGUGACGCAAUAUACUCAGCGAAUUUCUCUAUAAGAAUUGAAGGGUUAUCUUGAGAUGAUUUCGGGGCUUUAGUGUACCCGCGGCCCGGUCCUCGACCAGGCCUCGACCCCCAGAAAGCAGCCCGUGACAGCUGACUAACACCCAGGUACCUAUUUUACAGCUAGGUAACAGGGGCAUAGGGUGAAAGAAACUCUGCCCAUUGUUUCUCGCCGGCGCCUGGGAUCGAACCCAGGACCACAGGAUCACAAGUCCAGUGUGCUGUCCGCUCGGCCCCCUUGGGUACAAACAACCCUGGAGAGAUGGACAAACCAUGCAGCAGAAAAUGAAGAAAUGACCACGUUUCGGUCCGUCCUGGACCAGUAUCAAGUCCGGACCGAACCGCCAUUGUUUCUUCAUUUUCUGAUGUGUGGUUUGUUCAUCAUAUCUUCAGGCACGUUAUUGUGACUCAUCGUCUGCAACCCUGACGAGAUUCAUUUAACAUGAAGGUAGAACAAACUAUGUUUUUACUUUGUUUCAAUCGCAGACAAUAAUUAAGAGAAACACACGUGCUAGAGUCCUUGUACAUAGUAAAUCCAUCUUUGUCAGCCGUGGUGGAAGAAUGCAGUCAGCAUAUACGUGAAGGUGACGUGUUUGAUAGUGAAGGUGACGUGUUUGAUAGUGAAGGUGACGUGUUUGAUAGUGAAGGUGACGUGUUUGAUAGUGAAGGUGACGUGUUUGAUAGUGAAGGUGACGUGUUUGAUAGUGAAGGUGACGUGUUUGAUAGUGAAGGUGACGUGUUUGAUAGUGAAGGUGACGUGUUUGAUAGUGAAGGUGACGUGUUUGAUAGUGAAGGUGACGUGUUUGAUAGUGAAGGUGACGUGUUUGAUAGUGAAGGUGACGUGUUUGAUAGUGUGGGAGGUAGAGGUGUGAUGAGUGCUUCACCAGUGACGUCUCUCUCACCAACCUGAGCAGCGGGGUCGGCGUGGUGGUGUUCCAGCGUUAUUCCUCGUAGUCUAAUUUCCUUGCGAUGGUUCCAUGAAGGAAGUACAAUAACUGUAUUUUUACAAAAAUUCUUUAUGAAGAUACUGCAAUGUUGGAGCGAUUUGAGCCCGUGUAGUGGAGGACAUUUGUGUAAGAACAGUUUGCGAACAGGUAAAGAAUGUAUCGAAGAAUGUAUCUGGUUGUUGAGAGAGACACCGAGUUGAAAGUUGACUUUGUUGGUUGAGAACGUUUUACGCGUAAGUUUGUUGUAUGUAUAACAGAGAUAAACGAGGCGAGUGAUAAUAUAGAUGGAAAGUGGGUGAGGUCGGGGCGGUGAAGGUGGCAUGUAAGAAAAGUAAGGGAUAUUGCUAUAAUUGAUAAGGUUAACAACUUGAAAUCAUUGAUGGUUUUACUUGAUUAUGUCAAUGGUGUUGCAGAGUUAGAUGACCACAGGCUGCAAUUUCCUUCUCAAGUGAAGAACAUAAGAAAUAUAGAGAAGAUUCGCUCUAGUAUAAUUCAUGUAUGAGAGGGAGAGAGAGAGAGAGAGACAGAGAACGAGAGAGAGAGAGAGAGACAGACAGACAGAGUCACAGACAGAGACCUACAGGAGAGAGAGGGGGAGAGAGAAAUACAGGAGCGCCUGACUAUUGGCCCCAAAUACAAAGCAGAUUCAACUUACAUCCAACAACACCCACCCAAAUAUUUGUCUAGAGCUCCAUAAACCAACAAUCCAGUCUCGAAGCCAGUAUUUACCCACCUUUUUUCUGAAUCUAAAUUUAUCUAAUUUGUAAACAUUAUCUUGAGCUAUAUUUCGUGUGAAUUCGAGUUUUCUCUUAUAGUUUGUUCACCUUUUCUAUCAUAUCCCCACUAUGUCAUGCCUAGGGUGCAUGUGCUGCUCUGUGUAAGUAGACUCAGUGAGACAUAGUCGUAAAUCCAACACGAAAAUCAGUGUAAUGAUUUUCAUUACAAAUUUAGCCAUGUUUAACCCAGUGAAACAGUUAAUAAGGAAAAAACUUUCGUCACGAGUUAAGGACAAGGGAACGAGGACUAAAAAAGAUGCUACUUGCACAACUAUUGAGAUUAUAUAUAUAUAUAUAUAUAUAUAUAUAUAUAUAUAUAUAUAUAUAUAUAUAUAUAUAUAUAUAUAUAUAUAUAUAUAUAUAUAUAUUAGCAGCAGGUUUUCAUUUAGACAUGUUUCAUUGAAUAUAACUGCAUAUUCCGUGUUGAUUAUUUACUUGUUUGGGAGGUCUGGAGCUGGGUGGUUUGGUUACAGUUCAAGUUAAGUUAUUUACGUGUUUAUGACUUCUAUCCCUCCAACUAGUACUCUUGCAUCUUGGUUUAAUUGGAAUAAGAUUUCUCCAAAUGUUACAUUUGUUCAAGGUUGACUAAAAGAACGAAAACUAAUUGCCUAAUGUAUUACACUUAUUGUGUGUGUGCGUGCGUACGUGGGUGUGUGCGUGUGUGUGUGUGUGUGUGUGUGUGUGUGUGUGUGUGUGUGUGUGUGUGUGUGUGUGUGUGUGUGGUUACAUCACGAACAAAACAAAAGCACGUGAUAACUAAUUUGGUACCAUUUAACCACGACAGUGAAACAGGAAAUGCCUACACACUCUGGUGUGCCUUUCCUCUACAGUAAUAAUAAUAGCCGCCCCUGCACAAUAAAUAUAUUCUGAAUGGUAAAUGUGUGUCACAAGUUACAGGUAGGAAAAUUACACUGAAACAAAACAAUAUGUUUAGGAGAUAAGCUGAUUAUGUCACAGAUAAUGGCCGUCUCAUCUCUAAUGAGAACAGUUGUUAUUACUUUUCUUAUUGAAAUGUUUUUUUAUAUAUAAAUACAAAUGAAACAUGAAUGUACAAUCCGUUAUUGAUAUUCAUAUUUAGUGAUUCUGUAAUUUGUAUUAUAGCAGAUUUAAUGAUACUCAUGUUUCAUUUUUAAUGAAAAACUCUGUCAAAUGGUCACUGGAGGGGAACCUUGUCAAUCAAUUUGGUGAGAAUUUUCAGAUAAAUUAACAAAAAAGACAUUAUAAAUUUAGCCAUGUUUAACCGACUGCAUAGGUUGAAAAAUGAAAAUUAUAGAUAUUAUUAUUAUUAGCAUUUUUAUUACUAUUAAUUUAGUCACAAAUAAUAAUUAUCAUGGUACUGAUAAUUAUUUAUCUCAUUUCAUGGUAUUUUCUAGAUUAUAGUAUUACCCGGUGGGGUGGGGGGGGGGGGGGUGUUAGAUGAUAUUCGGCACUAGGAAUUUUGCAUGAGUGUCAACAUUAUUAAACACUUGAAAAUAAUGUCAAGGUAUUAACCAAUCUUCAAAACCAGAGACGGCCAACAUGCUGUAUUUUUAGAGUGACUUAUCUCAAUAUUAACUUUGUGGAAGUUUGUGUUGUGCUUUGCUACGGCAGAGUCUCCUCAACACGGUAACAUGAGUCCAGGAACGCGGAGGUUCGAUCCCGCCAUACGGCCUCUCAUCGUGUUUAUGUGUGUGUCUGGGGAAUCCAGAGACGCAGGUUCAGUUCUAUUGCACUGUCUCAAUAUUUCAUCAUAGAUAUAUUACGAUCUUGUGAGGUGACUGUGCUGAGACCUGGUAUUGGGCACAUGUACCAACCAACAUGACUGUCUCUACACCAUAAUAAAACAUUUUGGUAACUGUUUACAGUCUUA